AUGGGUGACUUUCUGCGCCGGGUCGCGGACACCCUUACGUGGUGCUGCACGUGCCGUAGGCCGCCUGUCAGCGGGCCACGCGACGACGAUUUCCCGACUACGACAAUAUUCAAGACCGUCAGUUAUGAUGAUCAUGGACGGCGCAUUGUACAGACCAAGACGGUGCAGAGCUCGAUGCUGCGCAAGAAAAUCAUCAACCACGUGGACGGUACCAAGGACAUCGUGGAGGAGAUCAUCACACCGGGCAGCCAGACGAUGCUGUCGCGGGACCGGCCUAUGACCGAGGCCGAGUUCCAGAAGGACUCGCUCGACUGGCACAACUACUACCGGACGCUGCACGGCGUGCCUGCGCUCCAACUGGACGCCAAGCUGAGUGCUAUGGCGAAAAAGUGGGCUACCAUUCUUGCCAAGGAAGAUCGCUUUGAACACAGCCCUGACACGGAAUGCGGCGAAAAUGUGUACGUCAAGUGGUCCAGCAACCCCAAGCAUCAAAUCACAGGGCGCGAGGCCGUCGAGUCGUGGUACAGCGAGAUCUCGGAGUACCGCUGGGACGGUACCGAUCCGGACAUCGACGCUGUCGGCCACUUCACGCAGCUCAUCUGGAAGGAGACGACGCGCAUGGGGUGCGCGCAGGCCCGGGGUCCAACGAACAAGAUUCUCGUCGUCGCAAAUUACGCGCCACCCGGCAACGUGAUUGGCAAGUUCGCCGCAUGUGUGCCGCCGCUGCAGCAUUCGGUGGCUUGAGAAGAAAGCCUGUGGACUUUCUCGCGGCCGCCUAGAAAUUCGCCCGAAUUGUUCUAUGGGAGAGAAUGUAGAAUGUUUGGUCCCCCGAAGCGUAUAGUAUAAACUUCUCGCGCGUCAAAUAAAAAGGACG